GGGUGAGAAGGGACGGGGACUUAAUUGGUUCGGAAAUCGAUUUAUCACUCGUUUAUCGCACCUCGUGCAAUCACACCCGAGUACAAAUCAGUUUCCGCCGUGAUGGAGAUAAGUAUUCUGGAUCUUCGAUCUAUGGUUUCGUUUCAGUACGCCUUCGUCGAUCUCAUAAGUCUUUCGUGACUUCUCAACGAUAACUCUAAGUGGCGGCUCGGGUGCGAACAACCCUAACAUCACUGACACCCCUCCCUCCCUUAAAAAAACCCUUGUUUUCUUAAUCGGAUAUUUUUUUUAUUUAACAUUAUCGAUGACGGUUAAAUUUAACAAAAAUGUAAUCUUGAUAGUUCCCAUUGGCGUGCAAUCGACUCAAUUUUGGACUAACUGAAUUUUUUACCGGAGAAAAAGGCGUAGACGGACUAGCUGCCAUUGAUAUUUGAGCCCAGGCAUGUCUCAGGGGGACAAAAUGGAGCGGGGUCAAGAAUCCAUUACUAUGAUCCCCCGGGGGGAUGUGCGAGAGGAAGGGAAGAAACUACCACAGUACAUAGCAGCAAUCACAGCCACACUCGGUGCAGUAGCAAUCGGUACCGUUCUUGGAUGGUCUUCGUCAGCCUCGCCUUUCCUCAAGGGUGAAAUUACGAACGUCACCUCAACCAUAGAUCCUCCGCUCUCAGUAGAUGAAUCAGCUAGAGUGGAGUCUUUCGUGGCUAUUGGAGCCAUCAUGGGAGCACUGCCGGCAGGAUACUUCGCGGACUUGCUCGGUCGAAAGACUUUGAUCGCCGCUCUGACCCUUCCCUUCCUGCUGAGUUGGAUCAUGAUUCUACUGGCGAAAGUUGCGUGGCUUCUGUACGUCGCUAGGAUCUUGGCUGGAAUCGCGACGGGCGCCACUUGCACCGUUGUCCCCAUGUACAUUUCAGAAAUCGCCGAGCUUUCCAUCCGAGGUACCCUAGGCGCGUACUUCCAGCUGAUGAUCACACUCGGGAUCUUCUACGCGUACGUGUACGGCUACCUGGUCCGCUUCGCCGUGCUGAACAUCCUCUGCGCGCUGAUCCCGAUCGCCGGCUUCUUUAUGUUCAUGUUCGUGCCGGAGUCGCCCAAGUACCUGCUCAUGCGGCAGAAGAAGCAGUCGGCCGAGAAGUCCCUCCGCUGGCUCCGCGGCAACAAGUACAACAUCAAGCAGGAGAUCGAGACGCUCCAGAAUGAGAUCGCCAAGUCAUCCCGGACGAAGGUCUCCUUCAAGGACCUCGUCGCCACCAAGGUCGCCUUCAAGAGCGUCAAUAUCGCCCUUGGUUUGAUGGUCUUCCAGCAGUUGUCCGGGGUCAACGCGGUCAUCUUCAACAUGAACGCUAUUUUCAUGGCGUCGGGCAGCACCAUCGAACCCGCCAUCUGCAGUAUUAUCAUCGGUGCCAUCCAGGUAAUCGUAACGUUCUUUUCCUCGAUACUGAUCGACAAAGCCGGUCGGAAGAUCUUGCUCCUGAUCUCGCUGGGUGUGAGCACGCUCUCUCUGGGUGUCCUGGGUUACUACUUCCACCUGAAGAACAGCGGCGAAGAUGUUAGCGGAAUCGGCUUCAUCCCCCUCAUCUGUCUGAUUCUCUUCAUCGUCGUCUUCUCGCUGGGACUGGGGCCCAUUCCGUGGAUGAUGUCCGGUGAAAUCCUUGCGGCCGAGAUCAAGGGUCUGGCGAGCAGUCUGGCGACGGCGUUGAACUGGACGCUGACGUUCGUGGUAACGCGGUCGUACGCGCCGAUGGAGAAGACGCUCGGGACGGACGUUACGUUUUGGCUCUUCGCCUGCAUUUGCGCCAUCGGCUUCGUCUUCGUCGUCCUCAUCGUUCCCGAGACCAAGGGCAAGACCGUGGACCAGGUUCAACAGCUCCUCGCUGGCAAGAAGCCCGCCCGCAAGAACGGACUCGUCUAGGCCGUCCACCCGGCGGAGGCGGCUUCAACGAGCCUCGUUAAGCCACGCUUCCACAGGACCCGAACGACACGAGUGAGGUCGGGUCGGGCCACACUGAAAAAAA